AUGGCAGAUGUAUGUAGUGGUUUCGAGUCACAGAAUUAUCUGAAAGAUCGCUGUAGGAAAUGCUUUCGACAAAAGGAUAAACAUGAUGCACCUGCACACACACCUGUUUCAAAAAAGGAACGGCGGAGGAGCUGGCGUGAAAAAAUCGUGGACAAUGGUGGCCCAGAUGAAGAUGAUGGUGCCGAUCAAUUGUCGCUAUCAUCGUACUUAUCAGCCACAUCAAAAGGAUUAUCAUCAGUAAAAUCGUAUGAGAGCGUGAAUGACACCAGAAGUAUGGUGACAGCCGUAAGCGGAUCGGUUAGCGAUGACGUUCGAGUGAUGACUCCAACGGAAGAUGACAUGCACUCG